AUGCAUCAAUACUGGUGGGUAAGAUUCUCAAGAUGGAUGUCCUCUCUCCGUCGACGCACCAUCCAACGGCACCUUCUAGCUGCUGAAAAGCCUGCCUUUUUAGUUGACCUGAAUGGGAGGCCACAGCUUAUUCAUCGGGAUUCUUCAUCUGGCUCUUCUUUUGGAUUCGUGGCGGGCGUCAAAAGUGCCACUGUCAGUAUAUCAAGCACAAGGAUCGCAAGAUCUAGUGGGCGAUCUAUCCGCACGCCGAUGGGGAGAUCCUCGGAAGAGAGCACAGGACGUAUCACGCCAGCAGACAGGUCUUCCAUCGAAAGAGCCCUUCGUCGCCGACGUAUACUCGAGGAGCUGAUCCAAACAGAAGAAAGCUACGCGGGAGAUAUCCGGCUGUUGUUGAAUGUAUAUGUGACGACGUUUGCUGCCUGUCCCGACCACGAAUCACUCCGCUUAGCCCUCCACCGAAAUCUUUCCGAAAUUCUUCGCUUGCAUGACGAGAUUUUGGGAGAACUCCACCGCGCUGUCCCGUUUUCUGAAUAUUCAUACGCCGAUUCUGGGCCCAAGGGCCACCGACGAUGGACCAGCGUUGACCUUGGGCGAACAGACAUGCUAGCUGAUCCCCAGACUGCUGCCCAAGUGGCCAAAAUCUUUUCUCAAAAGGUCAAGCGAUUUUUUGUGUAUGAAGAAUACGGGGCGCGACACGAGAAAAUGCUCCAGAGUAUACCAGACGCGAGCCAAAGUCGCAAGGGCAUCGAGGCCUUGGCGUCUACACUACACCCCAUCAGACAACGUGGAAUGAGGAAGUCGUAUACCCUUCAUGACUUGAUGAUCAAACCCAUACAACGCGUCUGUCGAUACCCGUUACUGUUUGCCGAGCUCCUCAAGAACACACCUGUGUGUGACUGCCCCAAUUCUCACAUGGAGGUCGAGGGCUCUCUUAUUCGCCUCCGUGAAGCCACCUGCAUUAUCAACAAAGCUACCGAUGAUGCAAGCACCAAAACCCGGCUAGCGCAGACAUGGAUUUUGCAGGACCGACUUGCCUUUCCUGGAAGGCAAUUGGAUUCCUCUUCAAAGAGCCACAUUCGUUCAUUCGGCCAAAUUCGACUCUGCGGGGUGCUGCAUGUCUGUUGGCAAGGACCCCGAGCUAUCGAUGGCAUGUACAUGAUAUGUCUGCUGUACAGAGAUGUAUUUUGCCUUGCCACUGCGGGAAAAGUGGAUGCCGUUUACGAUAUUAAAGCGUGUAUCAAUAUUCACAAAGCUAAACUGGAAGAGACUGAUGAUGGACGAGUAUUUGAAUGCGAUCAUCAACUAUACGAGCUCAUUAUGACGGCCUGUACAGCACGGGAGGAGUCAGAAUGGCGAGAACACCUCGCAAGCAGCGUCAAGGACGAGGACGAAGGCGCUGUCGAUGCAUACACCACUUUAGCAUUAGAUAUCAAGGGCUUUGGAUCCGUUUUUGGAAAACCAGGGUCGGUUGCACGGCGCAUCUCGAUUCAUCGCGCUACUACGCUGGGUGCGAGACUGCCGCAUAACCAAGUCAUUUUAAAGAAUACAAGUGUCAAGGAUAGCACUUCGCCUACAUUGCCGAUUAACCGGUCCCAAUCUCUUCUUUCAACUCAGAGAGCUCUGGUUCUCGCUCCUGAGCGCAGCGAGAGGGCCCGCCUCGAAGUGUUGGUGUCGGAUGUCUGGAGCCGUUAG